CACUGUACUGUCUGUCGCCUUGGGAGACCGAGAUGCAGGGUGCAGGGGCGGCGAUUGAAUCACAUGAGGCAACAACGACAACUACGAAGUUGCUGUUCAUCAGACUUUUGUUAAUGACUUUCGAAGUUCACUCAUCUGUGGCCGGGAUGCAAGGAAGACACCGCUGGUCGUGGCUCGAACACAUAUCUCUCCUUUUGAUUAUGAAGUUGGCUCUAGUUCGUUGUGGAGAAGCACAAAUACCUAGGUCGUGCUGCGAACAGGGAGUGCGUCUUAAUUGUGGGUAUGGGGAGGUAAUUCGUAGCUUCAGUGAAUUCUCCGUACAGCCGAGUGGAGACCUGUUCUUAUUGGGCGAGAAGGCCUCCAAUCAUACGAUAGAUGAGUACUGCAUCGCUAACUGUGUUUACAACUUCUCUCAACCAGAACCACAGUAUGUAUUCCUCUGCGCACCCCGCGAAUGCUGGUGGAAGUUUUACGUGCUGGAUCUACUACUUCUAUCCGUGUCGUCUAUUUUUCUAGCUAUUUCGCUUAUCGUGUACGUCAGCGUCGCCGAGCUAAGGAGGAAGGAGAGUAAUUGGCCUCUCAUGUGUUUGCUGUUGGGGCAGUUCUUGUCUUUCUCCUCCACCUUAGCCAUCAGGACCCUGAGGACUAAACUCUCAGAUGGACUUUGUCGUUUAUCAGUUCUUCUCAACACAUUCGCGAUCUUGGCUUCCUUUUCGUGGCUGAACGUGGUGUCCUACGAGGUCUGGACAUGCGUGCCACAGUUCCGCGACCGGAUGUCAGGAAGGAAAAAGAAGAAAUGGUGGUUAUAUAGUUUAUACGGAUGGGGACUCCCCUUUGUGUGGACGACGGUCACCGGUGUCAUCGAUCUGUUUCUCCCGCAGGACAACUUGCUCCACCCCAAUUUUAUUGCAACAGAGUGCUAUUUCAAAGGUGGUUUAUGGGACCUGCAGCCAGCCAAAGCUCUCUGUAUGGGGCGGCGUCGGUAG